AUGGUGGACGAGCCGUUUGACAUCACGCGCCGCUUCCUCCGCGACUUGCUCGAUCUUGCCUUCGACUACCUCCGCUGGUGCAAAGAGGUUAACAAGAGCCCCACCUUCAAGCCAGGCGAGCGGGAAGCGUUCGAGGCGGCCGUGCAGUGCCAAUCUUGUGGCUCGCAAUUUGGACCUGAUGCUCCGAAAGUUCUCCACCGCAGACAUGGAACCGGGGAUUUUAUAUCCGCCUUAUGCGGCCCUUGCAACAGUUCUAUACGUCGACGGAAGGUGGUGCCGGUGUUCUUCCACAAUGGCGGAGGGUUCGAUUUUCAUUAUCUUGUCAGGGGCAUAGCGCGGCUGAGACAAAAAGAGCGGUGGGUCGCAUACAGCGAGGAGGAGCUCGACGAGGAGAACUUCGAGGACUUGAGCGGAGAGGAGGCGUAUCAGUUGGCCUCGCUCCAGUUCCGCGAGGAUGAGGUCGACUACGACUUUGCGAAGCUCAAGUUUCAGGUCUUGGUGAAGAGCGGCGAGCGCUACCUGCAGAUCCGCCUGGGGCCUUUGGUGUUCCUGGAUUCGUGCAACAUCUUCCCAGCCCCCUUGGACGCUUUAAUCUCCGACCUCCGCAGCACCGACAAAGACCCGGCAAAGGCAUUCCCCUUGUUAGCCGAGCGGCGUCCGCUGUUCGCACGCGCAGAGCUCUUCAAGGAAGAAGGCCGCUAUGCGCACCCCAUAUUCGCCAAAUCAUGGAAGAAGAGCUGCACCUUCUACCGCGAGCAUGUUUGGCAUUUGCUUCUGAAGAAGCUCCCUAUGCCCUUUGAGAAGUUGACGGGGCCUGAGUGUUGGGACAUGGACGCGUUGAUGCCUGACAAGAGCUACUACGACAGUCGCCUCACUGGAGACAAUUGCAGCGUAGCCAAGUAUGAAGAGAUCCGUCAGGUUGUGGACUUCUUUGGCUUUGAGACCUUUGGGCAAUUCCACGACGCUUAUCUUCACACUGAUAUGGCUCUAGCCGACGUGCUUGAAACCUAUCGCGAGGAGUUCUUUGAGCGCUACCAGCUGGACCCCGUGAUGUACAUAACAGGUGCAUCAGCGGCGUGGGACGCGAUGCUCAAGCGCUGUGUGGGCAAACAACAGCCGCUGGAGCUCAUCCGCGACCAGACCAUCUACGACAUCGCUCGGGAGAGCAUGAUUACGACGAGAGAGGCUGACUCCUACCUCAACAAGUUCGACAAGGAGCGGAUGAAGCAACUCUACCGGCUCCUGGAGACCACCGACUACGGCGCCAAGGAUUAUGAGGAGACCCACUUGGUCAAAGCUCCGGGCAACCGAAAGCUGAUGCCCUACCUUGGUUUCCACAACGAGGAAAGCCUGCAGCUUCGCCUGCUGAAGUUUUACAUGCAGAGGAUGGACGUCAGAGUCUGUGAGGUCCAUGCCAUCGUCCGCUUUGGUUGCAGGCCUUUUAUGCGGCCCUUCAUCGAAGAGGCCUAUGCGAGACGGCUGGUUUUGAAACGGGCUGGGCGCAAGCUGCAGGACAAGGUGGUGAAGACAAGCGUGUGCGUGCAGUUUGGCAAGGCUGUGCAAAAUCAGGAACCCUUCAAGAACGCCGACGUCUUCACAGACAGGAAGCUCUACGAGCGCGAGAUGGCUGGGCCUUUAGUCGUGGACUACCACUGCUAUCCCUCCUCUGCCGGCUUCCUCGGGUUGGUGUACAAGAAGAAGGCCCAGGGUUCUCUGCUGAAGACCGUUCCGCAGAUUGGUACCUUUGUGCUGGACGAGGCUCGCUUGGACAUCAUGAUGUAUCACUACGCCUUGCGGAAGAUCUUCGAUGGUGCUGCCAGAAAGCCUGUGGACCCUUCCUAUUCCUUGAGCGAGCGAUCCUCUGUGCGUGCUAUCUACACCGACACUGACAGCGACAUCGUGCGCAUCUUCUCCGACAAGAACCCUGCGGUGAAGCUAGCUCACGAGAACCUCAAGGGCGACAGUCCCUGCUUCUGGGAUGUGGGCGGCGAUGUUGUUCAAACUGAGAAGUAUCUCUUGGCUUUGGGAGCGAGUCCGCAGGCGUCGAAGCUUGCUGCAGAGCGGCGUGGAGAGUUGGGCGGCUUUGGGGACGAGGGCGCUCCCUUCACCAUAGCCGAAGUCGUGGCCCUAGGUCCCAAGUGUUACAGCGAGUGGCUGACCAACUCCAAGCAGAUUUUCCACAAGUUCAAGGCUAAGGGCAUGGCUAAGCAGCACCGCAAGCAGCUCACCCACGAGGCCUACCGCAAAGCGUGGUUGGAGGGCACGCCUGGCGCUCCUGUGGUCUCCUACCGCUUCGAGUCCCAGAACCAUGUGGUGAACCUGACACGUGUCGAAAAGAUUGGCCUGAGUCCUUUCACGGACAAGGUGUGGCAGCUGGACGGCUACAACAGCCGCCCUCAUGGUCACUGGCGCAAUCUGCCUGAGCCGUUUCCAACCCUUUGCCUCCUGGCAUAUGGUCUGCAUGAGAGCGGAAAGAGCUUGCCUGCGAUCUUUGUGGACAAAGUCCUCAGCUUCCUCAUGUGCGAUGCGGGGUACUUGGCCCUGGAGCUGCGUGGUGGAAAUUUUGUGGGAGUCUUGAGAGGUUUGGGUUCGCAGUAG